UUUGAUAACUGCGCUUCGUUCAGGCCGUUGGGUGCGCUACAAAUGAAGGUGAAAGGAAACGCAAUGCUUCUCAACGACAGUGCCAAUAAUCAGCAGAAUGUGAAUGAGCUAUCGCUGAUGGCACCUGUAGAAUCACAAUGCGUUCCGUGGCUUGCUGUCUUCAUCGUGGAGUGUCUGGCCAUAGUCACUUUUAAUUUUCUCAUCAUAGUUGUGUUCGUGAAGAAGCGUCAGCUACAACGCCGAAGCACAUACUUGAUCUUCCAUCUGUUAGUGGUCCAACUCUUGAUCGGAGCAGUUGCAGGCCCUGGAUGGAUCGUGGAAGAUAUGAGCUUGUACUGCUAUCAGAGGGAUUACCAACCACGUGCACUUUAUUGGUUCUUGAAGACAUCGUCUGAAUUCACCUUUGUCCAGUGUCUUAAUCUCUUUUUCAUUUCGCUAGACCGAGCACACGCCACAUUUCGUCCAUUCAGGCAUCGCUUUGUCAAGAAAUGGAUUUAAGCUGUGAUAAUUGUUGUCAUUUGGAUAGUAUACGGUGGCAUGCUAGU